UUCACUUGUAAACACCAUGUAAUAAUAGAAAUGGCUAAAGUAAAAAGAAACGUGCUUAUUGUUGACUUGUGUUGACCUUUAUUGUAUAUAAUACACCAUUAACAACUAUUUUAUCUUAUUUAUGGCUAAAGGAACAAAUAAUCAUCUUUGGAGUACGGGAUGAGCUCGGAAUCUAUGUAGCAAAAUAGAUAGAUUUUUACGGGUUUUGUUCAGAAUUAGCAACUUCUAUUUAUGAACUUUUAUUGCUAUGAAGUGCGCGUGGUUUUAUAUCCUAUCAACGUUAUUCAUUUCUAAUGUGUUUGUGGUAUAUGGAAAUCCAUUAUAUGCUCCUACGGAUAAGAUCGUACUACUGGAAAACGACACAAUAUCUUCAAUUUAUAAUAGCAGUUUUGCUUGGUUUGUUGAGUUCUAUUCAAGUUGGUGUGGACAUUGUCAGUCCUUUGCGCCACACUGGAAAUAUUUGGCGAAGCAAGUUGAAGGCUGGAAUACUGUUAUUCAGGUUGCUGCAAUAGAUUGUGCUGAAGCUAGGAACAUGAGAACCUGUGAGCACUUCAACAUACAAGGAUAUCCUACACUUAAAUUUUUUAAAGCAUUAACAGCAGACAAGAAGGAUCUAGGAUCGGUUUACACAGGAGAUAGAGAACCACCUGAUAUGGAAAAUGCCAUAAUUGAUUUCUUGGAAACCAAAGGAAACUCUAAAUUAAACCUUGAUUUUAGGCCAAUUAGCAUUCAAGUGUCUGAUGGAAAUUUAAAAAACACUCAGCUGCCUAAACCUAUAGCUUUGGUUUUUGAAACCAACUCAUCCUAUCUGGGGAAAAAGCUUAUGUUGGAUUUGAUGAAUACACCGAAGAUCGCGAUAAGGAGGGUGAUUGGUGAUGAAGCUAUGAAAACAAAGUAUAAAGUAACUCAACUUCCGCAAGUCGUGUUGAUCUUUCAAGAUGAUAAAUUUGUUCACUUAAAAAAAAAUCAAACACGGCAUCAAAUUCUCUCGGAGCUGAGGAGAUUCGAUGUGAAGAAAGUGACACCUCAGCCACCAAGAGAAGUUCAAAUGACAAACUUGCAUUUUAAAGAUCUACAUAAAAACGAUAUAUUAGUGAAACAAAACAAAGAAAUUGGAUAUGAUGUUCAUAUGCGUGAUUUAGAGAGCGCUCUAACGUUUAUAUUCACGAGAGAAAUUGUCAUUAAAAAGAUUUUACAUAAAGAAAACCUGGAACGCUUUGUGGACCUACUAGUCCAGUGUUUUCCAGGCAGGCCACCAAUCAACAGAUUUCUCUCAACCCUUCACAAAUGGCUACAAGAAAGAGUCAAAGAUAAGGACAGACCACUUAGACCGUCUGCUUUACGAUUGUUCUAUAAUAUGCACAAGGCUGAUAACACGUCUUUGCCAGAAACAGUCGAAUGGCGUACAUGUGAAGGUAGUCGACCUCAAUAUCGUGGCUAUCCAUGCAGUUUAUGGAUAUUAUUUCACACUCUUACUGUGAACUGUGCUAAUAAAGGAGUAACCAGGUUAACCGGAGCCGAUGUCUUGACCAGAAUCCGAGGUUACGUGAAAAGCUUCUUCAGUUGUAUUGAAUGCUCAAAACACUUUUACAACAUGUCGAAAAACGUUGAAAAUGAAGUUCAUACCCAUAACGAGGCCAUUAUAUGGUUAUGGCGUGCUCAUAAUAGAGUAAAUAGGCGAUUAAGUAAAGAGCCUAGUACCGACCCUCAUCAUCCUAAAAUCCCAUAUCCGCCUAAAAACUUGUGUACAGAGUGCGCUGAUGAUAGUAGGGGAUAUAAUGAUACAUGGAAUGAUAAACCUAGAACAUGGAGAGAUAAUGUCGUAUUGAACUAUCUAAAGGCACACUACGGAGUGCAUAAUAUUCGGCUAUAUGAUGAAAACGAGGAGCAAGCAGGAUCUGAUCAACUUUACGCUGAUAUAUACGUCAGAUCGACAAUACCAGAACUAACGACUACUGACAAAAGACAAAGACUAACUCGACGUCGAAAAAAACUAUUUAAUCUUCUACAGAAAUAUAAAAGACAUACACUUAACAGGACAUACACGACAUUCUCUCAGAUUAGGCCAAGGCCAUAAAACGGCGAUUGGUUGCAGUAGGUUUAAUGAGGUCAGAGGGGAUAAAAUUUCGUGUGGACAAUGUGAUUAAAACAUGGUUUUUGUUAAAGAGAAGUUCGAUUUACAUGCAGCAUAUAGUUUUUAGUAAAGCUUAGGAAACAUAGAAAGGGCAGUUUGAAUAAGGUCCUGUGUGUGUAUAUAUUUAGGGAAGAAGUUUACAUGCCAUUUUUGAGGAUCAAUUUACGCGCGGGAUGUAUUGUUGGGAGAGAACGACAUGCAGAGGAGUGUAUAAACAGGGAUGCGGGAACUGGGGUGGACAGCAGGGGCAGCUUUUGCCUUUUAUCAGAGAGAGAAAGAUGCUCUUUCCAUUUCUAGGGAUUUUACUGCAGUUUGUUGAUAAAUUUGCUUUUUCACAGCGCUAUAUAGGAAUUUCAAGAAUGGCGCAAUCGUCUGACGAAAAACUGUUGAUGUUUAGUGAACACUUUUAAAUGCGCCGAUGACGAAAAUCUCCCCUCCCCCUAUCCCAUCGCUUUCGCAUCUUUCCGGCGUCCCAGCGUGUGAAUAAAAAGUAAACAUACGAGGGAAGUGUGUAAAAUACACAAGAGAAGCGUGUAGAACAUGCACUCUGUGAGUCGUCAUGACAUACAUGCAGAUAUCAUUUGCAAGGGUUGUUAAAAAUUAUUUCU